AUGAUGUCGAGUUCAAAUUUUAUUGAACGGAAAGCUAUAAAGCCUUCUGGUCGAUUAGCGUCACUUUAUGAUGUGAUAUCCGAUACUUUACUUGGUGACAAUUAUAUCAACCACAUAGAAGAUUCACAAUUUUAUCGAAAUUCGACAUGUCAAAUAUUUCGAGGUAGACAAGUAAAAGAUGUCAUUCAUCGUUUGAAAGCGAUAAAUUUUGAUGAUAUGCUUUUACAGAGUAUUCUUCUUGAUAUAGUUGAGCCAUUAGGAAUCAGUUCUAUUAUUAAUAAAAAUAAACCUAUUAAUGAAAACACUCUUUUCCUAUACUAUUUAUAUACAUAUAGAACAGAAAAACUAAAUGUUACAACUGGAAAAGCAAAUACAACUAUUUCACAUCCAUCCGAUAUAAUUUCCAGAUCGAAUCGAACAGUUGUUUUAUCCAAUAUCUGCACGACUUGA